AUGUUAACUCAGCAGGCGUACAUCGCUGUCGCAGGACGCCAGCACCGAAAUUGCGAACCCAUCUGUACACCUGCUGCCACGAAUCACGUUGCUCAAAUUUUACCUCACAGCGUGGAAUCUGGCCACUUGACGGCGUACGUUUCCUUCGCAUACGCUGUGGUCAAGGACUGCGUUCCAUGUCACAGGCAAUGCCACAAGAAAGACUUAUCGCCAAGUCAACGCAUUCUCUCUGGAAUGGACACUCUUCCGAACUCUCAGCCAUCUGUGGUGCGUAUUUCUGCUAAUGGUUCCCAUAUCACUGGAUUUCUGAUCUGUGUCGAUGGAUUCGAAGAGAAGACAUUACUCCUAACCGCACAGCGUGGCUUAUUUAAUAGUGAUAACGUUCUUCUUGAUCCGUCUUUGAUACAAGUGACCAUGGGAGCGGUGGAUUUCCGUUUCAACUUCGAGACGGGACGUAUGACGCAUAUCCUCUCUAAAUACGUUGUUUAUGCAAAAUUCUUCCACCGGAACCCAGCUUAUGACAUUGCCCUCCUCGAGAUUUAUCCCCGAGUGCGCUGGUCACCCAAGAUUCGGCCAUUGUGUCUACCGGAAACGCCGGUCCAGACCAUGCAGCACUGCUACAUGUACGGCUACGGAUCGACAAUGAGAAUUGACUCCAGACCAUCAUCCACGUUAAAAUAUGCAACUCUUGCCAUCCUCAACCAGAGUGUCUGCCUUCGGCACUUUCAGUACAACAGCCGUCGCCUUAUUUGCACGUCUAGCAUCGAUGCACAUCGAACACCAACCAACGGGGACUUCGGAGGGCCAGUGUUGUGCGCUGAAUCUGAUGGCGGCUAUUUUUGGUAUGCACCACGUGGCAUAAUCACCGAGCAGAUCAACACCCGUGGUUGUCUGCACAUUCAUACUGAUGUGACCGCGUUUAAAAAUUGGAUAUCAGUAGCAGCUGGCCAACUGAAUUCGCUUCCACCAAACAGUCGAAGCAAGCUGGGUUUAAACCCGUUUAGCUUUCAGCUAUUGAACUGA